UAUAAACAUUAAAUUUGCUUCUCCACGUAAGAAAUAGGAAAAUAAAAACAAAUUCAAAUUUUUCUACCAGAAAACUAUUGGUUCCAUUCAAUACACUAUUCACAAGAAGCAGUCAUUCUGAUACAAGGAUGGUAGAGCCUAAUUUUCAACAAAUCGUAAGCAUUCCAGAAGCCAUAGUUGGAAACGUCAGUAUACAACUGAUUUACUGUGACAUUUGUGGCAAGAGUUUUACCUCUAUCGGUCACUUACUGGUUCACAGGCGAAUUCACACGGGCGAGAAACCAUACAAGUGCAACUAUUGUGAUAAAGCAUUCUCCAGAUGCAAUGAACGUAAGCUGCAUGAACGAAUCCACACGGGCGAAAAGCCGUACGUCUGCGAUUUGUGUGGAAAGGCUUUCACCAGAAGAUCUCAGCUAGUUCUUCAUACAAUCAAUCACACUGGCAAGAAACCAUAUGAGUGUGAAGUAUGUGGCAAAGGAUUCAAUGAAAAGCAUAUCCUUACCACCCACCAGCUUAUUCAUUCAGACGAACGAACAUUCGAAUGUGAUCAAUGCGGCAAACGGUUCAAACUGAAGUGCAGUGUGACACAACACAAACGCAUUCACAUGGUCGAACGACGACACAGGUGCAAAAUCUGCGGAAAAGCUUUCAACCAGAAAUGCACGCUGGAUAUGCACCUAGGAACUCAUACAAAUGAAAAACAUUACAAAUGUGACGUUUGUGGUGUGGAGUUUUUUCACAAGAAUGCAAUGACUAAACACAUACGGACUCACACCAGCGAGCCCAAGUUCAAAUGUGAAUUUUGCAGUUUAGCCUUCUUCAUCAAAAGUAAACUGAUUGUCCACCAACGAACUCAUACUGGAGAAAAACUGUACGAGUGUGACAUUUGCAACAUAUUUUUGUCAACCAAUAGUGCACGCAACAAGCACCGGCUGAGGCACACGAAUAAUCGGGAUUUCAAGUGUCCAAUUUGUGACCGAGCAUAUCGUACUCCCGAAGAAGUGAAGCGACAUGUGCGAAGUCAUACCGAAGGACCGAUACACAAGUGUGACAAAUGUGAUAAAACCUACAGUAGAAGAUAUUCGCUGACAAUGCACAAGGAAAGAAAACACCAAAACCAAUGUAGUUGACAAAUGUGAUUGAAAAUUUCCUAAUAAGCUUUUA